AAGAGGAGGUUUGUUGAACUGGGCUGGGGCAUUAAAAAAAAAAAAGAGAGCCGCGGUUGUAACGUGUUCAGACGGAGCCACAGGACUCCUCGCUUCUUACUUAGUGUUAAAUUUAAGAUUAAAUGUCGGUAUUGAAAAGGUAACGGUAACUCGACGCAGUGAAAAAACGUGACGUAAUCGUCCAGAAAGCUGAAACAAAGCGGGCCCUAGUUACAGCUCGAGCUCGCCUUGGCAACCAUUUCUUUUUGCUCUCAAGAGGAGACUUUGUGGGGACCAAUGUUACUCUGAAACAACAGAAACGACAGUAUAACAUCACAUUAAGAUGGAUUUCCGGUUACUUUUAGUAGCGACCUUAUCAGCGGUCCUUGGCGGCAGCUGGGCUCAGCAAGAGGGGAGCAUAUGCAUCAAGGCAAACGCGCAGUCAUGUGGGGAAUGCAUCCAGGUCGCCGAGACGUGUGGAUGGUGCACGGACGAAAAAUUCUCACCACCGGUGAGUCCAAGUCGGCUCGCUGUGACGAUCUGGAGUCCCUAAAGAAGAGAAACUGCGCCGUGACCAAAAUUGAGAACCCGCGUGGAAGCAUCAACAUCAACAAAAACAAACCCGUCACCAACCGCAACAAGGACGUGACAGAGAAACUGAAGCCUGAGCAGAUCACUCAGAUCCAGCCGCAGAAACUCACCCUGACACUCAGAUCUGGUGAGGCACAGACUUUUGACCUGAAGUUCAAGCGAGCUGAGGAUUACCCCAUCGACCUGUACUACCUUAUGGACCUCUCCUUCUCCAUGAAAGAUGAUUUGGAAAACGUGAAGAACCUCGGCACUGACCUCAUGAGGGAGAUGCAGGAGAUCACCUCCGAUUUCAGGAUUGGUUUCGGCUCAUUUGUGGAAAAGACCGUCAUGCCCUACAUCAGCACCACGCCUGCCAGGCUCAUCAACCCCUGCACGGGGAACCAGAACUGCACCAGCCCAUUCAGCUACAAGAACGUCCUGAAGCUGACGGACAAAGGGGACGAGUUUAACCGUUUGGUCAGUCAGCAGCAGAUCUCAGGAAACCUGGACUCUCCAGAGGGGGGCUUCGACGCCCUCAUGCAGGUGGCAGUCUGUGAGGAACAAAUCGGCUGGAGGAAUGUGACUCGUCUGCUGGUGUUCUCCACCGAUGCUGGUUUCCACUUUGCUGGUGACGGCAAACUGGGCGGCAUCGUCCUGCCAAACGAUGGGAGGUGUCACCUGGAGAACAACAUCUACACCAUGAGCCACUACUAUGACUACCCCUCCAUCGCCCAUCUGGUUCAGAAACUGAGUGACCACAACAUCCAGACCAUCUUUGCUGUCACAGAGGAAUUCCAGCCUGUUUACAAGGAGUUGAAAAAUCUUAUUCCAAAAUCAGCUGUGGGAACGCUGUCGUCCAACUCCAGCAACGUCAUCAAACUCAUUAUUGAUGCUUACAAUUCUUUGUCGUCGGAGGUCAUUCUGGAAAACGGCCGGCUGCCUGAGGGAGUUUCCAUCACCUACAAGUCAAUCUGCAAGAACGGUGUGGAGGGAACAGGCGACAAAGGCAGACAGUGCCACAAUAUAUCCAUUGGAGACGAGGUGACUUUCAAGAUUUCCAUUGAAUCCCAGAAGUGUCCAGCACUUGGAAAGAGUGAGACCAUAAAAAUUAAACCUCUGGGCUUCACAGAGGAGGUGGAGGUCGUUCUGAACUUCAUCUGUGACUGUGACUGCGCCAAAGAGGGAGAGCCCCAAAGUGAGCAGUGCCACGAGGGCAACGGGACCUUCGAGUGUGGAGCCUGCAAGUGCAACGAGGGACGUAUCGGGCGUCUCUGCGAGUGCAGCAAAGACGAAGUGAGGACCGAGGACCUGGACGCCAACUGCAGAAAAGACAACGGUACGGAUAUCUGCAGCAACAACGGAGACUGCGUCUGCGGUACGUGUGAAUGCAAGAAGCGGGACAACCCAGCGGAGAUCUACAGCGGAAAAUACUGUGAAUGUGACAACUUCAACUGUGACCGCUCCAACAACAAGCUGUGUGGAGGACAUGGACGCUGUGAUUGCCGAAAGUGCAUCUGUGACGCCAACUACACGGGCAGUGCCUGCGACUGCUCCCUGGAGACCUCCACCUGCCUCGCCAAGAACGGGCAGAUCUGUAACGGCCGCGGCAAUUGUGAAUGUGGAGUCUGCAAAUGCAGUAACCCCAAAUUCCAGGGUCCGACCUGCGAGAUCUGUCCCACCUGCCCCGGUGUAUGCGCAGAACACAAGGAUUGUGUGCAGUGCAGAGCGUUUGUGGAUGGCGACAAGAAGGAGACGUGUAAGCGGGACUGCAGCUACUUCGACCUGUUUAAGGUGAAGGAUCGCAGCAAUCUGCCACAGCCCACAGACCAGAGCUUCCCACUGACUCACUGCAAAGAGCGAGACGCCAACGACUGCUGGUUCUACUACACCUACGCCAUCAGGAACGACACCAAGGAGGUCUAUGUGAUGGAAGAACUGGAGUGCCCGGCAGGACCUGACAUCAUCCCCAUCGUGGCCGGUGUCGUCGCUGGCAUCGUGCUGAUCGGCCUCGCUCUGCUGCUCAUCUGGAAGCUGCUCAUGAUCAUCCACGACCGCCGAGAGUUCGCCAAGUUUGAGAAGGAGAAGAUGAACGCCAAGUGGGACACGGGGGAGAAUCCGAUCUACAAAAGUGCCGUGACCACCGUCGUCAACCCAAAGUACGAGGGCAAAUGAUGGAGCUCUGCCUUUUUGUGACAACACUGUAUGGAGAAAGAACACGGGCGGGGAUGGA